CUUGCAACUGCCACCAUGGGGGCUCUGCUGUGGGAUCUCUUGCUACUGUGCUUGUUUGCCCACGUGCUCAGCGACUGUCAGAGGGACUGCCUGAGCUGCAACAGACACUUGUACAACCAACAGGACAACUUCAAUGUUCUCGUCUGCAUCAUGGAGUGCGAAGGGAAGGCCUUUUCGAGUACCACCUGGGAGCUUUGCACCAAAGUGGCUGGGAAGUCAUCCAUACAGGUGAGCGCUGACAGCCUGGAAGAAGAUUCCUACCAGCCCUUAGAGAUGGACGAUAGUGGCCUGUUCAGAGGCAGCCGGAAGCACUUCAAUGACCUCACCAAAGUGGUGGAUCUUAGCAAAAUGGAAGGUGAGAAGAGAGUUUCCAAGGUGAGCAGCCUGAUCCGCCAGCGGGAGGUGGACGAGGGUGUCAGCAAUGGGAGUGAGACCCCGCUGGGUGACUUCCAAGAGCAGCCCAAGGAUAUUUCCAAGCGGCUCGGUGGCUUCCUCAAAGGAAAGUACAGUUACAGGCAGGUGCUGGAGCCCCCCGUGCAAGGGGUGCAGAAGCGGUACGGGGGCUUCAUUGGGGUCAGAAAGUCGGCCCGGAAGUGGAACAACCAGAAGAGGUUUAGCGAGUUCUUGAAGCAGUACCUGGGCAUGUCACCGCGCUCCAGCGAGUACGAUAGCUUCACCAAUGACCUGAAUGAACAGAACGAGAUCUAA